AUUUUAUCUUCCGGGUUUUGUUGUCCGUCAGGGCGUGGAGGAGUUCGAGUCAUUUCUGUCUUCACAGGCCUACUUGCAGGAACCUGUCAACAGGGAAGUGUCAAGAUGGCCCCGAGUGGACUCAAAGCGAUCGUAAACGACAAAAUCCUCAGCGGUGUCAUCAAGAGCGUGAGGAAAGAUGGGGAAUGGAAGGUGCUCAUCGUGGAUCACAUCAGUAUGCGCAUUCUGUCCUCCUGCUGUAAAAUGUCAGACAUCAUGGCAGAAGGCAUUACGAUUGUAGAAGACAUUAACAAGCGAAGGGAGCCGAUCCCUAGUCUGGAAGCCAUUUACCUCAUCUCCCCUGCGCCAAAUUCGAUUCAAUCUCUAAUUGGUGAUUUCAAAGAUGCGGCCUUUACGUACAAAGCAGCGCACAUCUUCUUCACAGACACUUGUUCUGAUGGGCUUUUUGCUGAGCUCGGGAGGUCAAGGGUCGCCAAGGCCAUCAAAACCCUGAAGGAAAUCAACGUGGCUUUCAUACCGUAUGAGUCGCAGGUGUUUACCCUGGACAACCCUGCUUCCUUCCACACUUUCUACAGCCCGACUCAGACUAAUCUAGAUGAAAGGACCAGGAUGAUGGAGGCCAUGGCUGAGCAGAUCGCCACUCUCUGUGACACUCUGAAGGAAUACCCAGCCAUCCGCUACCGCCAGGGCCCAAAGGAGAAUUUCACUCUGGCUGAGAUGGUGAUGGACCGUCUGAAUGCACAUAAAGCAGACAAUCCCAGUAUGGGAGAGGGUACGGAUAAAGCUCGAUCCCAGCUGCUUAUAGUGGACCGUGGAUAUGAUCCCAUCUCUCCAAUCCUGCAUGAGCUGACCUUUCAGGCUAUGGCCUACGAUCUCCUAGACAUCGAACACGACAUCUACAGGUAUCAGACGACCGGGAUCGGAGAGGCUCGAGAGAAGGAAGUGUUGCUGGACGAGGACGAUGAGCUGUGGGUGCAGCUGCGGCACAUGCACAUAGCGGACGUCACCAAGAAAGUGACGGAGCUCCUGCGCACCUUCUGUGAGAGCAAGAGGAUGAACACGGACAAGGCCAACAUUAAGGAUCUGUCUCAGAUGCUGAAGAAGAUGCCUCAGUACCAGAAAGAACUAAGCCUGUACUCCACCCACCUGAACCUCGCUGAUGCCUGCAUGAAGAAGUUCAAGAGCUCAUUGGACAAGCUUUGUGAGGUGGAGCAGGACUUGGCCAUGGGAUCAGACGCUGAGGGGGAACAGAUCAAAGACGCUAUGAAGAGCAUCGUUCCCGUUCUCCUCAACACCGAGAUCCAACCCUACGACAAAAUCCGCAUCAUACUGCUAUACAUUUUCCAUAAGAAGAAGGGCGUCGGAGAGGAGAACCUCACAAAACUCAUCCAGCACGCGAACGUGCAGCAGGACAAGAACAUCAUCACCAGCCUGCAGCACCUGGGCUGCCCCAUCAUUACUGGGGGCGCCAAUGCAGGUAAGACUCUGCCUGACAGGAAGGAGCGCACAGAAUCUACGUAUCAGCUGUCCCGGUGGACACCCACCCUUAAAGAUGUGAUGGAGAAUAUCAUCGAUGACAAGUGUGACAGGAAGCAGUGGCCGUUCCUGUCUGAUCCCGCCCCCGUCACCACCACGAGCACCACAGUCAGCAGCGCGCGCUUUGGACACUGGCACAAGAACAAGUCUGCCACAGAGUACCGCAGCGGCCCGCGCCUCAUCAUCUUUGUGAUUGGUGGCGUGACUCAUUCGGAGAUGCGCUGCGCUUAUGAAGUGACCCGGGCCACCGAGGGCAAAUGGGAGGUUCUGAUCGGAUCGUCUCACAUUCUUACUCCAACCAACUUUCUGAAUGAUCUGAAGAAUUUGGAGCAGCCUGCAGCCGUUUAGCAGUACAUCACUGAAGAGAUCGAUCCCACUGAACUCAUGUGAAAGCUGAUAAGCUGAAAUAGUGAUUCUCUCAAAUGACUAGUAAAAGGACACAUUUUAGAUCUUACUUGUUGAUUAUUGGCAGUUUUAAAGUAGUAAUUUUAAUUACCCAACUUAAACUGGUGAUAUAUGUGUGUGUGUGUGUGUGUGUGUGUGUGUGUAUAUGUAUAUUAAAGCUGUUGAAGAUUGUUUAAUUUAAAAGAAAAAUAUAUAUGUGUAUGACAAUGUAUGUAAAAAAUUAUUUGAGGACUUGUUGCCAAAAGCCUAUAAUUGUUCAGAUAAAUGGAUUUUCAUUGAAAUCAUUUAAAUAUUAGUCCUUUCAAGUUCUGCUGUGAUUUGAAGACCUCUUUAGACUGGAACAAAUGAUCACACUGGAUUUCUGGUUUAAUCGUACUGUGCUGUAAAGCUGCACAAUGUAGAAACAAACUAUUUUUUUUAUUUGUUUGCUUAUACUACAAAGCAAGAUGAGCACGCUUAUAGUACAAUAGCCUAUUUUUGAUUACCAGUCUGGGUUUUGUUAUAUUUUCUGCCACUGUGUUGGUGAGGGCAUCAGUUGUUUCAUCUCAGUAUAGAUGUUUUUUUAUUAUUAUUCAUGCUCUGAACUUGUGCACUUUCUUCUUUUACUGUUACGUUAUCACAUAUAGGUGGAUCUGGUUCACUGGGAAUUUUUGUUUGUUGUCUAUGUUAAUGAUUAUAAAUAAAUUUUGCUUAUGCCUCUCUCUGGAAAAAA